GAUGAAACGUCAAAAAUAAAAAUUCUCCCAAAAGAAGUUUAUUUUCUUCUUGAAGAAAAGAAACUUUUUUAUUGGUUUUUUAUUUAAUUUACGUCGAAGCUGGAAGCGCAUUCAAAAAUAGCUUCCAUUGUUGAUCGGUUUCAAUAAUUAUAGUCGUGAUUCCACUAUCAAUCUUUUUUUUUUUCAUUUUAUGUUAAGUUUACUUGUAAGAACAAUGAAAAUUUAUUGUAAAUUAUAAUAACAAAAUUUAUACACAUACACUUUGCCAUAAUAAUCCUUUUUAUAAUGUCGUCGUCCAAUUUAAUUGAAUAUUUAAAAAGUCCACAAUUAGUUGUACAAUUUCAAGAGUAUUUUGGUAUAAAAUACAUUAAUAACACAGAAGAUGUUAAAAGAAGUCCAAAUAGAAAGUUGUCACAAAAUGGCACAAUUGCCAAACCAAUACCAAAUACAUCACCAUCGUCGUCCUCCUCUUCUAAUAUCGAGGAACAAGCCCUUCUAAGUGAAUCAUCGUCGACAGAAUCUCACAAUAGCGCAGUUAAUGCUGCUAAAAAGGAUCUGCCUUAUAGAAUAGAGAACAAAUUUUGGUAUUAUCUCUUUCUCUUUGGCACUGAACUGGGCGAUGAAAUAUUCUAUGCAUCCUUUAUUCCAUUUUGGUUCUGGAAUGUUGACAGUGCUGUCGGGAGAAGAGUCAUAUUUCUCUGGUCAAUUGUUAUGUAUAUCGGUCAAAGUCUAAAAGAUAUAAUUCGAUGGCCAAGACCUGGAAGACCAGUUAGUCAAUUACAAACGAGAUGGGCCUUGGAAUAUGGCAUGCCAUCGACGCAUGCUAUGGUGGCAGUUUCAAUACCAUUCUCUGUGUUUAUCUUCACACAGCAAAGGUAUUUGUAUCCAGCUUAUGUGGGAUUGUCUAUAUCAAUUGUCUGGUGUACAAUUGUUUGUUUAAGUCGUAUCUAUUUGGGAAUGCAUAGUGUUUUGGAUGUUUUAGCUGGACUAAUUCUGACUUUCAGUCUCAUGAUCAUACUCAUCCCACUAGUCGAUUAUUUGGAUUUUUUCAUCGUGACAAGUCUAUUUUCACCAAUAUUCGUUAUUUGCAUAUCAAUACUUCUAGUCUACUUUUAUCCCCAACCAAGAGAAAAAUGGACCCCCACAAGAGGUGACACAACAAUGACAAUAUCUGUCUGUGCUGGUCUUCAAAUCGGAGCUUGGCUAACCUAUCAGUUAGGUGAUGUUCUUCAUGCAAAUCCACCAUUAGAACCGCAUGCAAUCAUUUGGCCAACCUAUCAAAUGAUUGGUCAUUUGCUUCUUCGAACAGUAUUUGGAAUGUGUUGUAUAAUGGCAACUAGAGCUAUUGGAAAAUCCAUUACUUAUGCCAUGGCAUGUGCUGCCCUUGGAAAGGACAAAAACGAAGUUCGUAAUUCUCCAAGUAGCUUUCAAAAUAAAAUCAAAACUAUUGUCGAACUGAGUCAUACUUAUUUGACUUACGGAUUAAUUGGUAUCAAUACACAUUAUCUAUUGCCACAUGUAUUCAAACUGAUCGGCAUAGGACGACCAGAUUUCUAUACAGAGAUAUAGAACCGAUUAAAGACUUAAAAGCUGAAAGCUUUCUUAACAAAAUCAUCAUUCCGUACUCCACAAAAAAAUGCGUUUUUUAACCGAUAUUUGCGCACAAAAUAUAAAAAAAAGUCAUUUUAUGUAUUAUUGUAGGUUGAUGAAUAAACUUUGUGUAUUUUCUUCGUCGUUUAACAAAAUCAUA